AUGUCGUCCGAAACACUGAAAGGAAAACUUGCGCUCAUCACAGGCUGCACCGGGGGAAUCGGCCGCGCGACCUCACUUGCCCUCGCUCGGCUUGGGUGCUCCAUCGCGAUCCACUAUCACUCUGCCGAGGCCAAGGCCGCCGCCUUAGCAGAUGAGCUGAAGGCCGCCGGCGCGCAGGUCGACGCCAAAGCGUUUCAAGCGGAUCUCAGCAAGAUCGACGACGUCAGAAGGCUCCACGCCGACGUCGUGGCGCAGAUGGGCCGCCCUGACAUAUUGUUCAACAACGCCGGGAUUACCGGGCCUAGGAUCGGGCCCAGGGGAAAUAUAGAGGAUGUGAGCAUCGAGGAGUUCGAGCGUACGUGGACGACGAACACGGGGCAGGCAUUCCUUCUCACUCAACUAUGCGUGCCACACAUGGCGCAGCAGGGAUUUGGACGGGUUAUAUUUUGUUCUAGUGUCGCAGCAGGAGGCGUAAUUGGGCCGCAGUACGCUUCCUCCAAGUCGGCUCUGCAUGGAUUGAUGCAUUGGGUCGCUUCCCGAUACGCGAAGGACGGAAUCACAUGCAACGCAGUCGCUCCUGCUCUGAUAAUCGGAACCGAGAUGAUGGCGAAUCCUCCUGACGAACAUCGGAAAUUGAUCCCCGUCAAUCGUUUCGGCGUGCCAGAGGAGGUCGCCUCGUGUGUGGAGAUGCUGGUCACGAAUGCGUACAUGACGAACAAGGUGGGCAAUCUCUCGCACGUCUUCACUGCCGCGCACCCUUUCACCUCCAUCAAAUAUUAG